AUGCGGACUUCAAAGAUACCCUGGACGUGGUUACUGCUCCCUCUUUGGUCUUGGGAUUCGUUGAUUGUCCCUGCACGAGCCUCUCCUUCUGUCAAUGUCGCUCUACAGACCUCGUUCGCCGCCGGCCCUUACCUGGUUGAGUUGCUAGAAACGGCUGCACUUGAGAACUCCUCGUCCUACUUUCCUCUUCUCGACCGCAUCGCCGAGGGCGUCUUUGCGGAUUUGCAAUCAGAACAAGAGCUGUAUCAUAGAUUUCUCGAUAUCUUACAAGAUGACGGACACCUUUCCACUUCCGAGUCCCUUUCGUCCUUCAAAUUCGCUCUCGCCCUGCAUGCUGCGGCCCCCAGAGUUGAGGCUCAUUUCCAGUACUACACCACUUCGGUUCAACCUCAUCUGAUGGCUGCGCAGGACGCCGCCUGCCCCGUCUGGGUUUAUUUGGAUGGCCAGCAAUUUUGCUCCCCUGCUUUGGACCGUGCUCAGCAGGCGAUUUCCAUUCCAGAUACGGUGGACGAUCUCCCAUUUGAUCGGGUCCUCGGUGCCUCCGCUGAUGGGCCGACAUCUAUCCUCUAUGCGGACAUCACUCAUCCUUUGUUCGGUCAGUUUCACAGUGUCGUCAGCCAGACUGCUCGGGAAGGGAGAUCCACGUACAGGGUGCGUUACAGACCUUCAGCGUCGAUCUCUCGCAGACCGAUUUAUGUCACAGGCUAUGGGGUGGAGCUCGUUUUGAAGCGCACAGACUACAUCGUUAUCGACGACCGUGAUGCCCAAAAGUCGGGAGACUCAACGCCGGAGCAGCUCUCGUUGGAGAAUGUCCAGGAAGAUGAGCUCACAGACCUGAAGCCCCUGACCACUUCAGAAGUUGCCAAUUUGGGCCUCAAUGCCGCCAGCUUCAUCGUCUCAAGCUCGAAUCCUCUGGAUACCCUACUGCAAGUCACGUCCGAUUUUCCCAGGUACUCGUCCCUUCUCGCGGCGGCAAAUGCCAGCAGAAACUUCAUCCUUGAACAUCGGGCAAACCGAGAACGGUUUCUACCCUCGGGAUACAAUGUCCUGUGGAUCAACGGCGUGCAGAUCGAGCCCCGUCAGAUCAAUGCCUACUCCCUGCUCGACCAUUUGCGAAGAGAAAGGCGCAUUAUUGCCCAGCUCAAGAACCUAGGGCUGACACCGUCCGAAGCCAUUAGCCUGCUCUCUAGUGAAAUAAUCGCCGAAGCACAGGCCAAUGAAACGCCUCAACGGUUUGACUGGCGCGACGAUUCCGAAGCUGGGGGGAUCUUGAUGUGGCUGAAUGAUCUGGAGCAAGAUAAGCGUUAUGCUGGAUGGUCAUCGUCUCUGCGGUCUUUGUUCCAAAGGACAUAUCCUGGGCAGCUUCCCCAAGUAUCUCGCGAUAUACAUAACCUCAUCGUGCCCAUAGAUAUGGGCAACAUCAAGGACAUUGAACUGGCCGCCACGUCAUUACAGAGUCUGGUCCGGCGACAAGUUCCCAUCAGAAUUGCUCUGAUCCCCAUCGGGAAAGGGGAGACAGCGAACAUUUAUUCAAAAGUGGCAUAUUAUAUUUCAGACACUUAUGGUCUGACUGCUGUGAUGAAUUUCUUUUCUGACAUUGUAUCCGCUAAAAAGUUGGAUCCGAGGCCAGAGAAAAGUUUCAAUACUGCUAUCAAGGGUCGGGCCAGGAGAGAAGGAAAGGAGGCAUUGUCGUUUCAAGAUGUUCUAACGGACGAACGCCUGGAUCUACGACUGCAGGCACGGGAUCAGUAUCUGGCCCGCUUAGCUCUAGAAGGACCCGAUCCCGCCUUCCUCGUCAACGGCGUGGUCUUACGGAGGACGGACAACUGGUUUGAGCUUUUGAGUGCGCGUUUGUACUCAGAUCUCCAGCUGGUGCAGCAAGCAGUGUUUCAAGAGGCCAUCGCGGAAGAUUCUUGGAUCCCCGAGUUCUUCCUCUUCCAGGCUGUCAAGCGGCGCAAUGAGAUGGUCUUCCCUGAUGACCCCAAAGACGUCAAAAUUGUCGACGUCGGCCAAAUAGCCACCGAAUUUGCUGAUAAUUUUGCUCGCCUUCCUCGGCUGCCCGGGACAGAGGCGACAUUGUUGAGCGACCGCGCCCAUCUUCUUAUCGUCGUGGACCUUGAAUCCCAAGCCGGGCGGGCCUUGCUUCUGGAAGCACUGCUAUUCCACCAGCGAAAUCCUGAAAUAGAGCUGUUGAUCAUUCACAAUCCCAACCCCGAGGCGCAGACCUCCUCCUUUGCCCACGCUCUUUACGCCCUUUUGCAAGAGAACGGACAGGACUUAGCUGUCGGACGGCUCGAGGAGCUGCUCAACGGCGGUCUGAAUCCUUCGAGCGAUGAAAACACAGAUGCAUCAGCUGAAUUUUGGCAUUCUCAGACAGAUUUGAUCCGGGCGCUAUCGUUUUCAGAAGGCCAGAAUGGCAUAUGGCUGAAUGGUCGUCUCCUGGGACCCCUCGAACAGAGCUUCACCUCUGUCGACUUCGAGUCUUUGCUUGACUUCGAACGGAGAGAAAGGAUAGCACCGGUUACAACGGCCAUCACUGGACUUGCGCUGGAGGACCGGUUCGCUGGGGCUCUCGACCUGGCAAAGAUCACCUCGCUCGUUGCUCGAUCUUUAAAGUCUGACCUGCCGGAGGGUUUGAGGGAAUCUGCGCCCUUGAUCAGGCUGGAGCGAUUCAAAAUCUGGAACGGCACUCAUACAUCCAUCAAUAUAUCGAACUCCGACGAUGUCAACAUUCAGAUCGUGGCUGCCAUUGACCCGGCCUCUGAGCUUGUCCAGCAAUGGGUUCCGAUUCUGAAGAGCCUGUCACAGCUUAGUGGCGUGAGCGUGCAGAUUUUCUUGAAUCCGAAGGACAGGUUGACUGAGCUGCCGGUCAAACGCUUUUUCCGACAAGUCAUCAGCCCAGAGCCCAGUUUUGACGAUCGGGGUUCGCUAGUGGUUCCCACAGCAUCAUUCAGCGGCAUUCCCAAGGAUACACUAUUUAACCUUGGAAUGAUUGUACCUCCGUCAUGGCUGGUGGCUCCCAAAGAAUCUAUCCACGAUUUAGACAACAUCAGGCUUAGCAACUUGGCCGAGGGCGAGAAUAUUGACGCUAUCUAUGAGCUUGAACAUAUUCUCAUCGAAGGUCAUGCAAGGGACGUGACUAAUGGUCCACCACCUCGUGGCGUACAAUUGUUGCUGGGGACUGAGAAUGAGCCGCACUUUACGGAUACCAUCGUUAUGGCCAAUUUGGGAUACUUCCAAUUCAAAGCCAAUCCUGGGUACUGGCAAAUAUCAUUAAAGCCAGGAAGAUCUUCAAAGAUUUUCAACAUUGACAGUGUUGGCCCACAUGGUUACUCGGCUCAACCGGGCGAUGAGACCACGUCUGUCGCUUUGCUUUCAUUCCAAGGGUUAACUCUGUUCCCUCGACUUUCCCGAAAACCCGGCAUGGAAGAGGAAGAUGUUCUAGAGACCUCCGCGUUUGGGGGAGCUAUGGACUACCUCAGCAAGGGAGCGUCUUUCGCAUCUUCGGCGCUUUCCUCGCUGGGGUUCAAGAAAACCUCGACAAACGCGGACAUCAACAUCUUCUCGGUGGCGUCGGGCCACCUGUACGAGAGGAUGCUGAAUAUCAUGAUGGUAUCCGUCAUGAAGCACACUAGACAUAGCGUCAAGUUCUGGUUCAUCGAGCAAUUCCUGUCACCAUCCUUUAAGAGCACUCUGCCGGUCCUUGCGAAACACUACGGCUUCGACUACGAAAUGGUCACGUAUAAAUGGCCUCAUUGGCUCCGAGGCCAGAAGGAGAAGCAGCGAGAAAUCUGGGGAUACAAGAUCUUGUUUUUGGACGUGCUCUUUCCGCUGGAUCUGGACAAAGUCAUCUUCGUGGAUGCCGACCAAAUCGUCCGCACUGACAUGAUGGAAUUAAACAAAGUGGACCUGAAAGGAGCGCCCUACGGAUUUACCCCAAUGUGCGACUCUCGCACGGAAAUGGAAGGCUUCCGGUUUUGGAAACAAGGCUACUGGGAGACAUAUCUCAGGGGUAAACCCUACCACAUAUCGGCUCUCUAUGUUGUCGACCUCAAGAGAUUCCGGCAACUCGCCGCAGGUGAUCGUCUCAGGCAACAGUACCAAGCGCUGUCGGCGGAUCCUGCCAGUCUCUCAAACCUGGACCAGGAUCUGCCGAAUCACAUGCAACACAACCUGCCCAUCCACAGCCUAUCUCAGGAAUGGUUGUGGUGUGAGACAUGGUGCGACGACGCCAGCUUAGCCAAGGCCAAGACGAUUGAUCUGUGCAAUAACCCGCUCACCAAGGAACCCAAGUUGGACAGGGCGAGGAGGCAGGUUCCUGAAUGGACCCUGUACGAUGAGGAGAUCGCCGAGGUUAUUCGGGCAGCAAAGGAGAAACAGGACUCGGCGGUCAUGGACACCGAGGAUCUGGAUGAAGCCGGUGGUGGCGAAGACCAGCAGAAGCUCGUAAGCGACGAGCGGAUCAGAGAUGAGUUAUGA